AUGGACUUCUGCACCUCAAUGAAGGCUGAUGCCAUAGCCUUGAACUUCAAAGGUUUGUCCCCGGGGACCCCCGAACAUCAGAUAUUUAGUGGCCCGGCAUCUUCCCCGCUUCCCCGCUGUCCCUUCAGUCAGAUCGGGUUAGCUCCGGAGCGCUGGGGGCGGGGCCGGAGCCCAAGGGUGCGAGCAAAGCAGUGCAUUAAAGUCGUUCUACAGCAUUCAGAGCUGGAGGCCAUCAAGUACAACUGUUCUAAAUCCUUAACAUUCAAAGAUGUGGCGGUGGACUUCACUCAGGAGGAGUGGGGACAAUUGGACCAUGCUCAAAGGAAUCUAUAUAGGGAAGUGAUGCUUGAGAACUACAGGAACUUGGUUUUUCUAGGGUAUCCCUUUUGCAAACCCAGUAUGAUCUCCCAGUUAGAGCAAGGAGAAGAGCCAUGGAUCCUGGAAAGAGAAAUCUCAAGGUGCACCCAUGCAGGUACUCCACUCCCGGACAUGUGGCAGCCAUCUCUCCUGACCUUCUGAAGCCCCAGAAAUUGC